UUCUGUUGCUAUUUCUUAAGUAUUGACUUUGACUACAUGUAGUCACUAUUUAAGUGUGAGUUAAGACUCAUAUAUUUUGUUAGAUUUAUUGUUUCAUAACAAAGAAAUUUAUUUUGCUUUUAGAUCUGAAAAUACAGACAAAAACCAAAUGGUUACUUUUAUCCAAUUCUAUAGAAGUUUGUAACUAUAUAAAUAAAUAUUGCUUAAAAUGAGUUAAUCGUAAAUAUGUAUCAAUACGCUUAAAAAGGUGUGGUAUAUAUUUGUAAAACAAAUGUCAACUUGAUAAAAUGAGGUUUAAUAAGCAAGAGCUAGCUGCAUUAGCUUCGCAGACUUCUCAAAGUUUCGAUCGCGAAGGGGUCAUGGUGCUGAGGGAAAAGCAAGACGGAUUUUUUCGCCGUUCAGAAGGUUGCUCCUUACGCUGGUUUCGUCUCAGAGGCAACCUUUUAUUUUAUUUAAAAGGUCCUGAGCCAUGGCAUGAACCAGUCGGUAUAAUUGUCUUAGGUCAUCAUCAAGUUAAAGUACAGACUCAAGAUGAAAAUGGAUACUGGCCAUUUCAAAUAGUGUGGGAAAACGGAAUUAGCUAUAGAAUGGCCACAUUCCAUGAAGCUGACCGUACAUUAUGGUUGAGCGCUAUAAAAAUGGCACCAUAUGAUGUUGUAAAUGCACAAAUAAUUGCACUUAAAGAGAAACUUAACAAAAUAAGGGCAGUUACUGAUAUAACAACAUAUAGAUUGCAAAAAGGGAUUGUAUUAGAUACAAAUGAAGUACCGCUGUGUGAGCUAGCUCUGUCUUGUGAUAAUCUUUUAUGUGAUGCACAUGGUCGACCACCGUCACCACUUAUUGUAGUUUAUGUCAAAUAUUCUAAAGGCCUUUGUGUCAAAUAUGGAACAACAGAGAUUGUAGAGACUUGCAGUAAUCCCAGUUUUUCGAAGACUGUAUUGUUUCGUGCUAGUGAUGGAUUAACUCGAGAUGCAAUAGUUAGGAUAGUCGUAUACGACGUUAAAGAGAGAGUUUCAGAAACAGCUGUACCAAUGGGUUUCACUUCUUUGCAACUGAGUACUAUACAGGAAGCUCAAAGAUUACGAGUGGGUCUUGUUACCCGUGACAACAAAACUAUUGGAUUUGUGACAAUAAAUGGAUGGAGCUUAGAACCUUCGUAUAUUGGAACCAGUCCAAGCCAUGCAAAUGAUAGAAAUUGUAUAGACGUCCCACAAAAAGUUCUAUGUCACCGACGUUCACAGUCACUGCCUCCUAGGCUCGGUUUGAAGUUGAAAUUUCCAUCUUAUGGAAACCUUUUAAAACAGAAUUUCGUCAACAGCCAUCAAGUUACAUACAGGUUCCAUUCCGGCCUAGGAGGAGAUAUAACAGUUCACGAAAUAAUGGCUGAACCGAAACUGUGUUACCAAAUGCCGAUGCAAGUGUUAGAUAUAUACAUCCAACGAGAGAAAGAGCUCUUGGAAGAGCUCUUAUCUGUGGGAGAUGUCUGUGGACAUUGGAAAAGUAAGCAGUUGGGAUUAGCGAGCACACAUGUAUCGUUAUUGAAGCAUUACUGCCAUUCUAAGAGGUGCUUACAUCAAGCUGAACAUGCAUACUUCAAAGCAAGUUCUAAGAAAGACGAUUCAAGCUUAGAAUUCGCUCCAAUAAACCUGCACCUUCAAAGAAUGUGGGUAUACAACGAUACCUUGAACAAGACUGGGUUUCAUGACGUCAUCACAGCGGGUGCGUUUGCUGCGCACACGCAUAAAGCUGAACGUACUGGCGGUUUAAUUAGACUCGUACAACAAGUGAAAGACAUAAGUAAUACGAAGGCAGCAUUGAACUACGCGGCCGCGAAUAAGAUUCAGGCUGAAUACGAUAACGUUGUGGCGCUGAUAAGAUUGCGAGACGAAAUUUCGACUGACAUGGACCGGAUAGUUGUUCUCUUACAAGCCGUUCAAAGGGACGAAGUCAUGAAUAUAGCCGAGGUUAUUAAGACUAAAUUUAAAGUCAUGCUCGAACUAUGGAGACCCGCUGUCGUCGAGGAAUCACUGGCAAUUAUUGGAUGGGCCAAACAUAGUUGCAGCGAUGACUCGGAAAAUCAAACAAUGUCAACGUUAGUUCGUCUCACGGAACAGUUGAGUCUCUUCGACGCGAAUUCAGAUUGCGAUACAUUCGAAGCGUCCUCCAGCUCUAGCUCCAAAGAGACGUCGCCCACAGUCGAUUUCGCCUCGUUUCCAUCGAGCUCCUACAUAUGUUCGAAUAAUUGCCAGAAACUCGAUAAAGAUUUAAAUAAUCACGGGAGCGAGUUGCAAUUCUAUAACGAUUAUUUCAACAGUGAAGAGCGUAAUAGAUUGAAUCAUUCAUUCAGAUCGGUCCGUUCACCGACGAGGCCGAAAUUGAACGACACUCAUAGUUUUUCAUUCGAUUCAAAAAGAACGAGGCAUGGGAGUUUGAGACAUGAUUUUAAAAGUACCGCAUCUUUGGAGCAAGUAUCGUAUCGAUGUCUCAUGGAGAGUCUGAGUGGAAUUGAUAAGAAAAAGAAUACUGACUUGAAGGAUUCUUCAUCUCUACCGAGUAUAGGCCAAAUAGAUUCGACGACGCGAGAGAAUAAUCUGGCCUUUCUGAAAGGCAUCGGUGCUGAUGUCGAGGCGACUAUUCAUUUAGUUCUAGAAACAUCUACCAUGUUGGCUGAAGGUUCUGAAGAUAUAACGGAAGAUGAUCUCGAGUGUCUCAGGAGCCAGACAGAGGACUUCAAAUUGACGGCGGAGUCCUUGGCACGCUGGUCGCGUGUUGCUCACGCAGCUUUGCGACUCAGAUGCGAAUCACCCACAUGGGCUCGUGAGCAUGCUGCCUUGCAGACUAGACGAGACACGUGUUUCUCACAAGCGCUCACAACGCUAACAGCGGGCUUGCUCUGUUGGUUCUGUUCAAUGCCCAGCGAUAUAAUCGUGAAGGUGUUAACUUCUGAACUCGGUCCACUAUGUGGUUUCGAAGGUCUUUUAAGCCUUUAUUCCACCGAGAAAGCGAUGUGGGGUGAUAUGGUCGUGGCUGUUGAGGAUCUCCAAACAGUUGUCUUUACAUUGACAAAAGUUGGACACAGUAAUAUGGCUAUACCUCAAGUGACUGGAACAAGAGGUGCGUUAACAGUCUACAUACCCGUCUCAGAUUCCCUCUACAAUAAAUUUACGAAUAAGCAGCACUUAAGCUUUACAAUAACGGCAGUAUUUUUCAAUAUCGGUGUAAAUGAAAAAGCAACGCUCGCUGAAGCUCUAGGCGAAACUACACCACAGUAUCACUCAAAUAACGACAACUUGGAUAGAGUUUAUAAAUAUUAUCACAAGUAUAAUAAAGUGUUUCCGGCUGAUCCACUGGCUCCUAACCGAGCUUCAUCAAGAACCAAGCCUUUAGAAGAAGUAAUGGAAAAUUUACGCAUUGCUGUUCAUAAGAAAGUUCCUAAGAAUAUAGAAGUACUGCAUCUAGCUGCGUUAGCAACAAGACUUAUGAAUGGAAUACGAUAUACAUCGUGUAAAAGUGCAAAAGAUAGAACUGGAAUGUCAGUAACGUUAGAACAAUGCACGAUACUGGCCUCCGAAUAUCAUUUAGCAGAACACGAAAUGAAAAAGGCACUCAAUAUAAUGAGAAGUGAAGGGUGUCGACGAGAGAACACAUACAAGAAUAUCGGCAUUAGAAAGUUCGCGUUUACAAAAAAGCAAGUGAUGUCACUUCCUGAGGAAUACAGGCCGCCACCUGGUACUUAUGGUUCAACUCAGACUUAAUUCAUAUGCAAUAAUACCUUUACUAAUAUAAGUAGCGUUGUAUAGUUUUCGUAUUGUUACACAAUGUUUUGUCUUCUUCAUCGAAAGUCGCAUUACUUAUGACACGACAGAGAGAAGCAAAUCGGUAGUUCUUAUAAUAAAUGUACUUAAAAAAUAGUUUGACAACCGAUGAUGAAUUCCUAAAAGUAUAUUAAAAAACGAAAUAUAUAUAUUAUUACAUAACAUAUAUUAAUGUAAGUAGUGUUAUUUAAUUAUUUGGUUAAAACUGUCGGAAGGCUACCGAAACAAAAUGAAAAAAUA